GGCCAUGAUUCCUUUCCUGACUGCCUUGACUUUCCGCCUCUUGGUCACUGUGGCUAUGGGCCAGACAUUCCAAUUUCAAGAACAUGUCUUUCUCCAAUUUCUGGGCUUAAACAAAGUGCCUUCACCCCAGAAGUUCCAACCUGUGCCUUCUGUUUUGAAGAAAAUUUUCCGGGAUCAAGAGGCAGCGGCAACCAGUGGGGACUCCCGAGAUUUAUGCUACAUAAAGGAUCUUGGUAUCCGUGGGAACAUACUGCGACUUCUCCUGGAUCAAGGUCUCUUUCUUUACUCCGAGAAGCUCCCUCAAGCCUCCUCCUGCCUACAGAAGCAGCUCUACUUUAACCUGUCCGCCAUUCAAGAUAAGGAGCAGUUAACAAUGGCCCAGCUGGGCCUGGAUUUGGGGCCCAACACUUACUAUGAGCAGGGACCGGAACUGGAGUUGGCUCUGUCCCUGGUUCAGGAGCCUCAUGUGUGGGGCCAGUCCAUCCCCAAACCAGGUAAAAUGCUUGUGUUACAGUCAGUACCAUGGCCUCAAGGUGUUGUGCAUUUCAACCUGCUGGAUGUGGCUAAGGAUUGGAAGAGCAAGCCCCAGAAGAACUUAGGUUUGUUGCUAGAGAUACUGGUCAAGGGGACCAGAGACGGGGGGGGGAGUUUUCAGCUUCAGGACACCUGUGCCAGACUGAGACAGUCCCUCCAUGCUUCCCUGCUGGUGGUGAGUCUCAACCCUGAGCCAUGCCACCCUUCAUCCCGAAGAAGGAGGGAGGCCGUUCGUGCCCCUGAGGCUUCUUGCAGUAGCCUCUGCCUUCGUCACCAGCUCUUCAUCAACUUCCAGGACUUAGGUUGGCACAAGUGGAUUAUUGCCCCCAAAGGGUUCAUGGCAAACUAUUGCCAUGGAGACUGUCCUUUCUCGAUGACCACCUCCCUCAACGGUUCCAAUUAUGCUUUCAUGCAAGCACUGAUGCGUGCAGUUGACCCAGAGAUCCCCCAGGCCGUCUGUAUCCCCACCAAGCUGUCCCCCAUUUCCAUGCUCUAUCAGGACAAUGAUGACAAUGUCAUUUUACGACAUUAUGAAGACAUGGUGGUUGACGAAUGUGGAUGUGGGUAGGCUGUUAGAAAUAGGAGGGGUGUUCUUAGAGUAAACCUUCUAAUAAAACUAGCAACGUGGUUUAUGACUUCUUGGAUCUGAAAUA